UCACCAUGCUAUAGCAAAAUACUAACCCACCACCUCAAAUAAGAGAGAAAUGACAGAUUACUCAAGAACCUUACAUUGUUCCGGAUAAGUCUAGCUCCUUCAGCAAACUUUAGAGUGUUCAGUGUCUCCAUAGCGCAGCUGCAACAAAGAGAGGAUUGAGUUUCCACCAAGCGAGUCCUGCAUAAGUUUCAAGAAUUACAUCACAUCACUGCAAACACAAUAUUGCUCAAGGAAGGCAGAUGGAUUCAAGGUCAACCUGUAGAAGAACCAGAGGUACCAAUCUUUGUUGAACAGCCUGCAGCUAAUCAAUCUCCUAUUGUUUCCCUCCCUGAACUUUUGGGAUGAUAGGACAACCCAGACAAUGAGUUGUUGGAAUCGAGCGGGGAUGGUGUUACAUGGGCUGCCCUAACUGUGUGUAUAAACCCAUAGAAAGGCAGGGCCAAUAUUUCUGUGUCCAAUGCAACAAGACUACACCAAUCAAAGCUGCUAAAUACCGUGUCCAGCUUGAGGUACAAGAGAAUUCCAGCUCAGCGACCUUUGUCGUGUUUGAGUAUGAAGCUAAACGCUUCUUUGGAAUCAGUGGUAAUGGACUUUUCAAUUAAGUGUGGACAAAAUACUGAUUCACCUCCUGAAGAACUCUUGAAGCUACUGGAUGUCACUAAGCAAUUCCAUGUGAAAUUCAAGAUAAACACUUACAAUGAUGCUCAAGCUGAUUUCAGUGUGGUGAAAAUACUGUAUUCCAUAACACAGGGUGGGGAGCCUCGUUGUUGCUGACCUUGUCCAUGGUUCUGAUGGAUUGAGGAACACAUACUUGUCACCACCAAAUGCAAAGAAAAGUGAGAAGAAUGCUGCUGAAUUUUUAGUUGACAAGGCCUCUGAGUUCCCUGGGGAAGUAUCUGUACUUGCAGUCUUUAUAAAAAGGGCAUCUCUUUGAUCAGGCGAUAAAAAGGGACUACUCAUUUGCUAGCAAAGUGAAGAAAAUUGUAGUUCUUGGAGGAGCCUUCGUUGCUCUGGGAAAUGUAAACCCUGCUGCUGAAGCCAAUAUAUAUGGAGAUCCAGAAGCAGCAGACGUUGUAUUUACAUCUGGGGCAGAUAUUGUUAUAGUUGGAAUUAAUAUCACAACUAAGUUAAAUUUAUGGAUGCCAACCAUACUGAGUUGCGGGAUUCGAAAGGGAAGUAUGCUCAAUUAAUAUGCAAUAUAUGUGCAAGUUCUAUAGAGAUUGGCAUGUAAAUUCUUAUGGAAUGCGUGGAAUUUUUCUGCACGAUCCAGUGAGCUUUAUGGCGGUAGUUCGGCCUGAUCUCUUCACGUACCGGAAGGGCGUAGUGAGGGUGGAGACUCAGGGCAUCUGCAUUGGCCACACCCUAAUGGACCAAGGCCUUAAAAGGUGGAAUACUCGCCUGUGGCAGUUGUUGCAUUUCGUCGAUACCACUAGAAUCAAUUCACGCAAUAGAGUGCAGUUCUCCAUUUCUACCAGAUGGAAUUCAAUGGCAUUCGCGACCUUGAUUCCGAGAAGCAAAUAUGGUCAGGUCAUGUUGUGUUUCUAGGCUAUGGCUUGGAGUGAAUGUUACCACAGACAAAGUGCUCCAUUUGGACCUCAUCCUCAUGGAUUCGAAGGGCAACGAUAUUUGGGUACAUAUCCCUCCUCUGUUGCAAGAGAAGUUCAAGCGAUUGCCAAAGGAACACCAUGUUUACGUUAUCAAGAACUUUGAUAUCAAUGCAACUUCAUUGACACACCGGCCUAUUUCCAAUCCGUACAUCAUGUUAUUCACUCGGAAGACGACUGUUGAACAUAUCACUGACAUUCCUUCCAUGCCUACCUUCAAGUUCACGUUCAUGAAAGCAAGUGAGAUGGCAAAUAAAGUGGAAGAAAAAACCAUCAUCGCAGAUAUUGUUGGCGAAUUAGUUCAACAUUCGACUCCCAUCACUACAAGCAAUAUUGCCGGGAAGUCCACUCGAAAAGAGCUGCAACUGAAGCGGAUUGAGAGGCAGGGCGUCGUAAGCCUUUUUCGCGCCGCUGCUUAAAACCCACUAUUUUCUUCGUCACCAUUUUUCCCUAUAAAGGACUGGCUGGCACUUGUUCUACUGUUCACUGUUAGCCGCUGCAGCUGCCUCCUUCCCAGUUGCCCAAACACACAAGAAAAGAAGAACUGGUUCGUUCACAUCCCGUCUCACAGCAGGUCGUGGCAAGCAAAGCAGCCAUGUCGGGUUUGUAUAAUCCAAACUUCUCACCAGCAAGAGCUGCUUCUCCUCAGAUUAGAACCACUCCUGAUGUCGACAGUCAGUACCUCUCUGACCUACUAGCUGAGCACCAAAAGCUGGGGCCUUUCAUGCAAGUUCUCCCCAUUUGCAGCCGGCUCCUAAAUCAAGAAAUCUUUCGAGUUUCGGGAAUGAUGUCGAACCAAGGGUUUGGUGACCUAGACAGAUUACGACACAGAAGCCCCAGUCCUAUGGGAUCUUCAAACCUUAUGUCCAAUGUUACAGGAACAGGGCUUGGUGGAUGGAAUAACCUUUCCCAAGAGAGAUUAAGUGGACCGCCACCUGGGAUGACUAUGGAUUGGCAAAGCGCACCAGCAAGCCCUAGCUCAUAUACUGUGAAGAGAAUUUUGCGUUUGGAAAUCCCUGUAGAUACCUUUCCAAAUGUAGGUUCAUUUAACUUUGUUGGACGGCUUCUGGGUCCGAGAGGCAAUUCUCUGAAACGGGUCGAAGCCACCACAGGCUGUCGUAUAUAUAUACGGGGCAAAGGAUCGAUUAAGGACCCGGACAAGGAAGAGAAGCUGCGGGGAAGACCAGGGUAUGAACACCUGAAUGAUCCACUUCAUAUCUUGAUCGAAGCUGACUUGCCAGCAAAUAUUGUGGACAUAAGGUUGAGACAGGCACAAGAGAUUAUAGAAGAGCUGCUCAAACCUGUGGAUGAAUCACAAGAUUUCAUAAAGAGGCAGCAGCUGAGGGAGCUAGCAUUGCUGAACUCAAAUUUCAGAGAAGAGAGUCCAGGACCAAGCGGCAGUGUGUCUCCCUUCAACACCAGUGGAAUGAAGAGGGCCAAAACAGGGCGCUGACGGAGCUCUUGUAUUCUAAUCUAGUCUCUGCUGUUUGGGGUGUCAUCUUUGUACUGGUCCCUUACCAUAUGGGUCAUGAUGGCUGGCAGGCUGGCCUGCCAAACUAUACCGUACCCCUGGCGGUUGCAUGCACCUGUAAUUAUACGCCUAUUUAUCUCCUCCAUACCAAAUAUAUAGGAAUGAAUGAACCAAGGGAAUGAACGUGCAGUAAAGGUCAUGAGUCGCUGGUUGCUUUUUCUUUAAGGUGAGAAGAUGAACAUGCUAACAGCUUGGUCUCUUGGUGGGCGGGUCUGCCUUAAUUUUUGUGAUUUUCUUUAUCUGAGAAAUCUCUACACAAGUUUGGGGGAGAUGAAAAGAGAAAGGAAGAAGGGACAGGGCAGGAGAAGAAGAAUCAUCAGAGAGGAUGAGUAUGUGUAGAAUCAAAUCGUCUCCAUGGGUUUGGUUGGUUGGUUGUCUCAGUAUAAGGUUAGGGUCAGGUGGUCUAAUUUUUUGGUUGAAUUUGCGUAUUUUAAUUCCUUUUAUUGGGUGGGGUUGGGGAACAGGUUUCUGUAAUAUUGAUAAUGCACUAAUUUGGAUUCAUUUUUGUGUCAUCAAAAUUUUGCAUGUUUGGUCUUAUAUGACAAUUAUAGGGUAAAUUGUAAGUUUGGUUGUUUACGUAAUUUGAAAUAUUUAUUUCCAAUGUUCGUCACUCGAAUUAGUAAAAUGGUU